GGUUUUUGGUGCGCGGUUCUUUUCCCUUUGCCAACUCCCUCCCACACCGUCGAGAUCAUGAGCAGCAACAGCUUGACGAGAAUUGCUAUUGUCAGUUCUGACAAGUGUCGGCCGAAGAAAUGUCGUCAGGAGUGCCGUAAAUCCUGUCCAGUUGUCCGUACAGGAAAGCUGUGUAUCGAGGUUACACCUAAUGACCGUAUCGCCUUUAUCAGUGAAACUCUGUGUAUCGGUUGCGGUAUUUGCGUGAAAAAAUGUCCUUUCAGUGCCAUUAACAUCAUUAAUCUGCCCACCAAUCUCGAUCAGGAGGUUACGCACAGAUACUCGGCCAACUCGUUCAAGUUGCAUCGUCUUCCUACUCCUCGGCCUGGUCAGGUGCUGGGUUUGGUGGGUACCAACGGUAUCGGCAAGUCUACUGCUCUUAAAAUUCUUUCCGGAAAGCUGAAGCCCAAUUUGGGUCGUUAUGACAAUCCCCCUGACUGGGACGAGGUUGUCAAGUUCUUCCGCGGUAGUGAGCUUCAAAACUUCUUCACGAAGGUGCUGGAGGACAACAUCCGCGCCUUGGUGAAGCCUCAGUACGUCGAUCACAUUCCUCGUGCCAUCAAGGUGGCCGACAAGCGCGUCAACACCCUUCUUUCUGGCCGUGCAAACAACAACAAUUUUGAGGAUAUUAUCAAGGAGCUCGAGCUUACCGGUGUGCUGGAUCGCGAUGUUUCACUAUUGUCUGGUGGUGAGCUGCAACGUUUUGCCAUUGCAGCCGUCGCUACCCAAAAAGCUGAUGUUUACAUGUUUGAUGAGCCUUCGUCGUAUCUCGACAUUAAGCAGCGUCUCAAGGCUGGUCGUGUCAUUCGUAGUCUGCUUGGUGCUACUAACUAUGUCAUUGUCGUUGAGCACGAUUUGUCCGUUUUGGAUUACCUUUCCGACUACGUUUGUGUGCUUUAUGGUGUGCCUUCUGUGUACGGUGUUGUCACUCUUCCCUACUCUGUCCGCGAGGGUAUCAACAUUUUCUUGGAUGGUCACAUUCCCACUGAGAACCUGCGUUUCCGUAAUGAGGGUCUUUCUUUCCGCCUCGCCGAUGUUACGGAAGAGGCUACAGUGGAACGUACUGCCAAUUACAACUAUCCCAAUCACGAAAUCACUCAAGGCAACUUCAGCCUUAAGAUUAAGUCUGGUGAGUUUUCUGAUGCAGAGAUUAUUGUGCUGUUGGGUCAAAAUGGUACGGGUAAGACUACAUUCUGUAAGUGGAUGGCCAAGAACUCGGACUUGAAGAUUAGUAUGAAGCCUCAGACAAUCGCACCUAAGUUCCCCGGCUCCGUCCGUAUGCUGUUCUUCAAGAAGAUUCGUGCUGCCUUUUUGAAUCCCAAAUUCCAAAGCGAAGUCUGCAAGCCUUUGAACAUCGACGCCAUUAUUGAUCAAGAAGUCCUCAACCUUUCCGGUGGUGAGCUGCAACGUGUUGCUAUUUGUCUUGCUCUUGGUAUGCCCGCUGAUGUGUACCUUAUUGAUGAACCUUCUGCCUAUCUUGAUUCUGAACAGCGUAUUAUUGCAUCCAAGGUCAUUAAGCGUUUCAUUAUCAACUCUCGCAAGACUGCCUUUAUUGUCGAGCACGAUUUCAUCAUGGCUACAUACCUUGCUGAUCGUGUCGUUCUCUUUGAGGGUGAGCCUUCCAAGCGUGCUCUCUGUAACCCUCCUCAAUCUCUCCUUACGGGUAUGAACUCGUUCUUGAAGAUGUUGGACGUUACUUUCCGUCGUGAUCCCAAUACUCUCCGUCCUCGUAUUAACAAGUACGACAGUCAAAUGGACCAGGAGCAAAAGGCCAGCGGCAACUUCUUCUUUUUGGAGAACUAAAAUAUUUGACAAUUCGUUACGGAUGCUUGUUUAUUUCGGGGUUAUAAAAACUAAUUUACUUCUGGUGUUUAUGGAAUUAAUA